UACGGGCUGUAGAUGGAGCUGUCCGGCCCCGGCGAGGGGGAAGGCGCCUGGAAAACGUUCUUCUUCUCCCUGGCCGGCCCGAGCGGGGAACAGCACUCCCAGGAUGCAGUUUGUGUCAACACGGCCGCAGCCUCAGCAGCUGGGCAUCCAGGGCCUGGGGCUGGACAGCGGGAGCUGGAGCUGGGCCCAGGCGCUGCCCCCGGAGGAGGUCUGCCACCAGGAGCCGGCGCUGCGCGGGGAAAUGGCCGAGGGAAUGCCGCCCAUGCAGGCUCAAGAAUGGGACAUGGAUGCCCGGCGACCAAUGCCUUUUCAGUUCCCACCUUUCCCAGACAGGGCACCCGUCUUCCCUGACCGCAUGAUGAGAGAACCCCAGCUGCCCACAGCCGAGAUCUCCCUCUGGACCGUGGUGGCCGCCAUUCAGGCUGUGGAGAGGAAGGUGGAUGCCCAGGCCAGCCAGCUGCUAAAUCUGGAGGGGCGGACGGGGACCGCGGAGAAGAAGCUGGCCGACUGCGAGAAGACGGCCGUGGAGUUCGGGAACCACAUGGAGAGCAAGUGGGCCGUGCUGGGCACCCUGCUGCAGGAGUACGGGCUGCUGCAGAGGCGGCUGGAGAACAUGGAGAACCUGCUGAGGAACAGGAACUUCUGGGUCCUGCGGCUGCCCCCGGGCAGCAAGGGGGAGGUCCCCAAGGUCCCCGUGACGUUUGUUGACAUUGCUGUUUACUUCUCGGAGGACGAGUGGAAGAACUUGGACGAGUGGCAGAAGGAGCUUUACAACAACCUCGUGAAGGAGAACUACAAAACCCUGGCGUCCCUGGACACGGAGGGUCCAGUGCCCAAGCCAGAUGCUCCCGCUCAGGUCGAGCCCAGGGAAGAGCCUUGCGUGUGGGAGCAGCGUGACGCGGAAGAGAGAGAAAUCCUAAUGGAUCCUGACACAGGAGCAGAGCCCCAGGUACCUGCACAGGAGGCAUCCUCUCAGGUGAAGCGGGAGGAAGCCCUGUGUGCCCGAGGUCAGCGGGGCCCGGAGGAAAGAGCCAUCCCCACCGAGUCCAUCACUGACUCGCCAGCCUCCGCCCAGGACCUCUUGUCCCGGAUUAAACAGGAGGAGCACCCGUGCGUGUGGGAUCAGCAGGAUUUGUCCGAGAGAGAUAUUCCAGCGGACCCCAAUUCAGAGUCUCUGAUCUCAGCACAUGACAUUUUGUCAUGGAUCAAGCAGGAGGAGCAGCCGUACCCAUGGGGCCCACGUGACUCGAUGGAAGGAGAGCUCGGAUUAGCUUCUGGUCCCAGUGACGGCCUGCUGCUGGUGAAGACCCCGGGGGCGGCCUCGUCGCAGCCCCAGCCGCAGGCGCAGCCCCAGCCGCAGCCCGGCCCGCCCAGCCUGCCCCCGGGGCCGGCGCCCGAGGGCACAGGCGGGCCGCCGAGCCGCGGGGCGGGGGCGGGGCUGCUGGACGACGGCUUCGCGGGGCUGGCGGCGGAGCGCGGCGAGGGCGGCGGGGGCUGCGGCAGCUGCUGCGCGGGCGGCCUCCGGCGGGGCCUCCUGCUGCACGGCGCGCGCAGCAAGCCCUACUCGUGCCCCGAGUGCGGCAAGAGCUUCGGCGUGCGCAAGAGCCUCAUUAUCCACCACCGCAGCCACACCAAGGAGCGGCCCUACGAGUGCGCCGAGUGCGAGAAGAGCUUCAACUGCCACUCGGGCCUCAUCCGCCACCAGAUGACGCACCGCGGCGAGCGGCCCUACAAGUGCUCCGAGUGCGAGAAGACCUACAGCCGCAAGGAGCACCUGCAGAACCAUCAGCGGCUGCACACGGGCGAGCGGCCCUUCCAGUGCGCGCUCUGCGGCAAGAGCUUCAUCCGCAAGCAGAACCUGCUCAAGCACCAGCGCAUCCACACGGGCGAGCGGCCCUACACGUGCGGCGAGUGCGGCAAGAGUUUCCGCUACAAGGAGUCGCUCAAGGACCACCUGCGUAUACACAGUGGUGGCCCGGGGCUUGGUGCCCCGCGACCCCUGCAGGCGCCUCCAGAUCGAGACUAGGGCUGGGCUGGGGGAGGGGAGGCCCCGCAACAGGAGCAGGGGUGGGUGCAGGCCUGGGGCGUCCUGAGGACCCCCGAUCCUGCCGGAGGGUCUCGGCGCCUUCCCUCCCUCUCCCCGCCACCUGCCGGAAAUCGGGAACAGGAAUUGCACUCCAGACAGGGUCCCCUGAGGUUGGGCAGGGGUCCCCUAGACAUGUUGGGCCUGAGUGGACAGCCCAGCUCAUCUCAUAGGGUGGACCUAGGGGCCACCGAGUGGCUUCCCACAGCAAGAUGCCAGAGGGACAGUGAUGAGGUGAGAGCUUUGGGGCAGCCCCCUCAGGCACCUGGUGGGCCCCUUUGGCCACUGCGGUCACAGAUCGUGAUCAGGGGAAGCAAGCAGAGAGUCUUGGAAGCCUUCUGAAAUAAAGAAAUAAGGUCCCAAGAUUAGGAGAUGCUGCAAAGGAAGCAAAGGUACAUGGAUGAGAUGAGGGAUGUGCUAAGGGUAAUAACAUCUCUGCGAUGACGACACUGCCUCCCGUUUGAAUAGCGCUUUAUACUUUUUUAAACGUGUUUUCUAUCCGUUAUCUGUUUUCACCCUUAGCCUAUCCCUCUGAGGUAGGUGGGGUAGGACUUUCCUGCCAGGGUACCUGAGGAAAGAGACCCAGGUGAGAUGGUUCACCCAAGAUCACAGGAAAAGAGAGUGGCAGGGCUGGGUGAGGGCUCCUCAUCCUGGGCAGUGUCCCCCACCACGCACACUGCCUACCUCUGGGGUCUGAGCGACGUCUCUGGCCUGGCCUGGCCUCUCUUGGUCUCUCUCCUCUCUCCUUCCCCUGACCCACCAAAAAGAACCAGAAGCAACGGGGCCGACUCUCGGAGUUCCUGGGACGAGAGCAGACCGGCUACCAAAGGCCCUGGCUUGGGCGUCCGAAAGGCUCUUCCUACGUGGGGUCCUGGGUGGGUGGCCCAGCCUGUUCUUCCCACCUCCAGUUCCUCAAUCAAUGGCAGCCCCUUGUCGCUGCACAGAAGUGACCCAGCCUUCUGGAGGCAGCUGGUACCCAGGGUUGGACCUCAGCCUGACACUUAAUUCCAGCUUCCCCAGGGCAGAGGGCUGAGGGAGAGGCCCGUGCUGCAGGGGCAGCCUUCACACAAGUGAGUCCCCCCAGGAGGGCUGGGCAAGUGGGUGCUGGAGGCUGGGAGCCUCUUUCUCUCCUGCCCUGAGCCUCCCAACUGGUGCUAUCUGUUACCUAACCUUGCUCAUGGACAUGGACACAGACCCAACCUGCCCUAGACCCUGCAGACGCCUUGGGAGGCGCCCCGAGGACUCCUUUGUGUUGGUGCAUCUGCUCUCUGGUCCCGAGGGGCCACAUGUUUUGCAUGACCAGGCACUGGUGUGGGGUGCUGUGCCCCAAGACCCUUGUUUGUGUCAAGAAUGACUUUUCCUGCUCCUCCCAUCACAAUCCCGCUUCUCUCCCAGCCAAGGGAGUACAGUGGGCAGCCAGCGCCCACACCACGUUUGUGAGUGGUCUGCUUCAGCCUUCCCCUCAUCUGCACCUCUCUGCUUUCCUCAGACCCCUUUUUGCCAUGCAAAGGGAACUCUUGGAAUUAAAUAAAAGGUGUCCAGAUUGCAGACUG